AUGGGUUUCUUCGACUUCCUCAAGAAGGACGACGAGCAGAAGCAGCAGCAGCAGGUCGUCCACAACGACGGCUACCAGCAGCAGCAGGCGUACGGUCAGCAGGGCUACGCCCAGCCCGGCUCGUACCAGCACCAGGGCUACGGCAACGACGGCGGCUACCAGCAGCACCAGCAGCAGCAGUACCAGGGUCACGGCCAGCAGUACCAGCAGGGUCAUGAGCAGCAGCAGCACUACCAGCAGGGCUACGGCCAGCCUCCUGUUCAGGAGAAGAAGGGCUGGUCGAAGGGCAAGGUCGCCGCCGUUGCCGGUGGUGGUCUCGCUGCCGCGGCCGUCGUCGGCGUAGGCGCGUACCUCUACCACGAGCACCAGGAGGACGAGGAGGAGGCUCUCGAGGCUGAGAAGGAGGCUCUUGAAGCCGAGAACAAGCGCCUUGCCGAGGAGAACGCCCGUCUCCAGGCCGAGGACGAGCAGGCCCAGGCUCAGCCCGAACCCCAGGCCCGCGCGCCGGAGGGCAAGUCGAACGAGGAAUGCCAGGCUGAGCUCGAUGCUUGGCAGGCGCGUCUGGAUGAAGAGCAGGCCCAGCUCGACAGCGAGUGGGAGGAGAAUGGGGAUGACGAGAGCCUGCCCGGUCGUCAGGAGGACAAGGAUGAGCGCCAGCGCCAGAAGGACCAGAAGCAGGCUGAGAUGGACGAGGUCUGGGCCCAGGCCCAGCUCUAUCCCGAGAGCAAGGCCUUUGACACCCAGACCAUCAAGGUAUCCAACCUACACACAGUCUAUUUCUGGCAGGCCGGCAACCCAAACGGCAAGCCUGCUGUCUUUGUCCAUGGCGGUCCAGGGGUCGGCACGUCCGUGGGCAACACCAAGUUCUUCGACCCAUCUGUCUACCGUAUAGUCCUGAUCGACCAGCGGGGUUGUGGCAAAUCGACGCCGACAGGCGAGCUGCGCGAGAACACAACCUGGGACUUGGUUUCUGAUAUCGAGGCAGUCCGCAAGCACCUCGGUAUUGGCAAGUGGCUCGUCUUCGGAGGGUCCUGGGGUUCGGCGCUGUCCCUCGCUUAUGCUGAGACACACCCGGACGCUGUCGCGGCACUGAUCAUAUCUUCCCCGAGACAUGAGGAAGAGCGCGGCGACCUCAUGGCCGCGUACUACCACCGCCUCACGAGUGAAGACGAGGAUGUGGUCAUGGCUGCCGCUCUACCCUGGCAGCUGUGGGAGGAUAGCCAGGCGACUCUCCUCCCCAACCCCGAGAUCGCCAACCGCGCCACGGAGGACGCGGUCGCGAACCGCGCUUGCUCGCGUCUGGAGGCGCAUUACUUCUACCAUGUUGGCUUCAUGGAGGAUGGAUACCUGAUCAAGGAGGAGAACAUUGCGAGGAUCCGCAACAUCCCGGCAGUCGCUAUCCAGGGCCGGUACGACAUCAUCUGCCCACCGCGCUCAGCGUACGACCUCAAGAAGGCAUGGGGCGACUCGCUCAACCUCAACAUCGUUCCAGAUGCAGGCCACGUCGCCUCCGAGCCUGGUAUCGCGACGGCUCUCAAGGCGGCGACGGACAAGUUCGGGCGCGAGCUGGAGUGGAAGUAG